AUGUCAGUCCAUGUCGCUGAUCCUCCGCAGGAUCUCUUGACAGACCAGCUGACGCUCCGUGCCUAAACCCCCUCAUCUCUCGUCCACCGCGCCACUCCGAUGACGACGUCACCUCACUUCACAGGUUUGCCCUCCGUCGCUCAGCCCCUACCACUCUCCGCACCGUCUUCCGCACCCAACAACGCAACUUCGUCGGUUCGGCUUACGUCUCCAAGACGUUGACGGAUUCGGUCAAGGACGCCGCUGCGAAGGUCAACAGGGUCGUUAGUGAUGCUGCGCUUGGGGCAGUUGAGGGAGGUGAGAAGGCUACAGAUGCGGUCAAGGAUAGUACUUCGCCCAUUACGGACACGCUCAAGAGCGUGAGUACACUCAUUUGUCUCAGUUUAUUUGUUCGAAGUCGGAGCUCAUCGUACCUUAUUACUUGAUCCGCACAGGCCUUCGGUAACGCCCAAGCCGAGGCUAAGAAGGGCGGAAGUGAGAUCGAGAAGAACGCGACUAAGGCCUACGCCGACGUCAAGUCGGGGCUCGACAAGGCUGCGUGAGUCGUUGUCGACUUCAGGUCGAAUGGCUUUUCUUCUGCGUGCUCACCGUUGUCGAUCCUCUUUGGCUUGCUCCGUUGACAGCGCCGAGGCCGAAAAGAAGCCCCUUUAA